UUUUAUAUAAAUGAUAGUUUGACAACUUGUUAUAGUUCUUUAAACGAUUUUAUUUUAAACCAUAACUAUUAUAAACCGACGAUAUCUCGAUAUAAGAAUAAAAAGUGAAUAACAAAAUUGUCAAGAAACAGACACGUCUUAUAUUUACACAGGAAAUUAUAAAUACAAGUAGAAAGAUUAUAAAUCAAUGUUAUCGUAUUCGACGUAUAGGAAUAUACGGAAUAUCUCCCUUCUUCCUUUUAUUUCUCUUUUAUGCUGGAAUGUUUGGAAAUUUAAGAUGGAUCAUAGCAAUAGUAAUAGCGAUAUUGACUUUAAUAGUCACAGCAAAUUAUACACCUUCAGAAAGACUGACAGGAAUGAAUCCUUGUAUCAGUAAACAAACAUGUCAUGAAUGUAUACAGACUCCACAUUGUGCUUGGUGUGCAGCUCCUAGAUUUUCUGAAAAGAGAUGUUUCCUUCCUAACAUAAACACUAAAAUACUUGUAACAUGUCCAGAGAAAUAUACAUGGAAUCCGGACAAUGUUUUUAGUAUGGUGAGACAUCGUAAUUUAACCAAAGGAGGUUAUUCAGUCGGUAGUAAUGCUGGCAUAGAAAGUCAUGGUUCUUUCGAACAUACUUCUUCCACAAAUUAUUCUAGCACAAGUUCUACACAUUUUCAUCAGGAAAGCUCGAGUAGUGGUAGUAGUAGUAGUAAAAGACAAGAUGCUGUACAAAUGUGGCCCCAAGAAGUGAAUUUAAAACUUAGAAUAAAUGAGGCCUAUAGGAUGUCAUUUGCAUAUUCUCAAGCUGAAGAUUAUCCAGUUGAUCUAUAUUAUCUUAUGGAUUUAAGUAAAUCGAUGGAAGAUGAUAAGAAAAAGUUAUCUGACUUAGGUCAGUUACUCGUAGAAAGUAUGAGUAAAAUUACAAGCAAUUUCCGUUUGGGUUUUGGUAGUUUCGUUGAUAAAGUAGUAAUGCCCUAUGUAAACACAAUGCCAAAAUUUCUUGUAGAGCCAUGUGAUGGAUGUGCAGCACCAUAUGGAUACAAAAAUAUCAUGAGACUUUCACAAGAUACAAGACAUUUUGCUGGUUUAGUUAGAAAUGCCUCUGUUUCGGGUAAUUUAGAUGCUCCUGAAGGAGGAUUUGAUGCAAUUAUGCAAGCUAUUGUUUGUAGAAAUCAAAUUGGUUGGCGAGAAAAAGCCCGUAGACUGUUGGUAUUUUCAACAGAUGCUGGGUUUCAUUACGCUGGUGAUGGCAAAUUAGGUGGCAUUGUGAAACCAAAUGAUGGAAUGUGCCAUCUAGAUUAUAAUGGUCUUUACACUCAUUCUUCACUUCAAGAUUAUCCAAGCAUAUCGCAAAUUAAUUUAAAAGUUAAACAAAAUGCUAUUAACAUUAUAUGGGCAGUUACUGAAGAACAAAUCAAUGUAUAUAAAAAGUUAACGAAACACGUAGAGGGAUCAUUUGCAGGAAAACUAUCAGAUGAUUCGAGUAAUGUUGUGGAAUUGAUUCGGGAACAAUAUAAUGCUAUUUCUAGUUCAGUAGAAAUGAAAGAUACUGCUAGUAGUGCUGUGAAAGUAAAAUAUUUUUCAAGUUGUUUAGGCUCAGGACCAGCUAUCGAAACUUCAAAGUGUGAUGGAUUGAAAGUUGGUACAAAAGUAGAAUUUAUUGCUGAAAUCGAAGUUACUAGUUGCCCCACUAAUCGGUCUGAAUGGAAACAGAAAUUUGAUAUUUAUCCAGUUGGUAUCAAUGAAACAUUAACAAUUAAUUUAGAAAUGUUAUGUGAUUGUGAAUGUGAACGAGAUGGUCCUAUGUAUGAACCAAAAUCUCCUGAAUGUAAUGGUGUUGGUACAUUGAAUUGUGGAGUCUGUGAUUGUUAUGAUGGAUUCUUUGGAAAACGUUGUGAAUGUAGUCCACAUCAAGAAAUGAGUGGAUUUGAUAAGCAUUUUCAAUCUUGUAGACCAGAUAAUACGUCUCUAGUAGAUUGUUCAGGAAGAGGUACUUGUGCGUGUGGUCAAUGUGAAUGUGAAGAAAGAGAGAAUCCUGAAGAAAUAAUAUCAGGUCGUUUUUGUGAGUGUGACAAUUUCUCGUGCGAUCGUGAUCAAGGAUUUCUUUGUUCAAAUCAUGGAACUUGUGAAUGUGGACAGUGUGUUUGUAAUGCUGGUUGGUCUGGACCAUCUUGUAGUUGUAGAUCUUCAAAUGAUUCCUGCAUAGCACCAGGAACUAUUAAUGGUAUACUUUGUUCAGGACAUGGUGAUUGUAUUUGUGGUGAAUGUAUUUGUCAUGAAGAAGGUAACACAAGAUACUCUGGUAAAUAUUGUAACAAAUGCCCAACAUGUCCAAGUAGAUGUGAGGAACUUAAAAGUUGUGUACAAUGUCAAAUGUAUGGAACUGGAAAUUAUAGCAAUCCAGAAGAAUGUGCUAAAAAUUGCAGAGAAUUUGUACCCGAAGCUGUAGAAAAUGUUAUAGGUGAUGUUGAUAAUGAUGAAGUUAUGUGUUAUGGAACAGAUGAAGAUGACUGCAAGUAUAAUUUCGUUUAUUAUUAUAAUGAAACGAAUUGCUUAAAAGUACGUGCACAGGCAGAGAGAGAAUGUCCACCUCGAGUGAAUAUGCUUGGAAUAGUAUUAGGAGUUAUAGCUGCAAUAGUUCUAAUAGGUUUAGCUUUAUUGUUAUUAUGGAAAUUAUUAACAACGAUACAUGAUAGAAGAGAAUUUGCAAGAUUUGAAAAAGAAAGAAUGCUGGCCAAAUGGGAUACAGGUGAAAAUCCUAUUUAUAAACAAGCAACAUCUACUUUUAAAAAUCCUACAUAUGCUGGAAAAUAAAAUUGUUUAGAUUCCAUGACAUGGCGAUAAAUUACAAGUGUUCAUAAUAUUAUUUUGUUAGCAUUUAUAUAUAGAAGAAUAUUAUUAUGCAAUAUUCGAACCUGCCUUAA